CGGACUGUCGUUUACCGGCCAAGCAGGCUAGCUAGCUGGCUAGGAGGCUCCACAACUGUCUGACGAAAGAGGAGAACUGUCAAAGGAUGAAAUAACAACAGCUAGUUAGCUUUCUCGUCUAGCUUACUUUACGGAUAUCCUAAUUGUUCUAGGAAAAUACUUAUAGCUAACAUUAGCUAGAUCUUCUCUAUGGGGCUACAGUCGAUAGCAACGGAACAACUUUAUAGUCAGCUAUUGUUGUGAUAAACUAACGUUAUAGGAAUUAGUUAAUGAUUAGCUAAUUAUUUGGUAGUUUAACGUUAAUCAGAAAGCGAGAAUGUACCUCGACUUCAGUAUUACUGGCAGUAGCUAUGGUGUCUGCUUACUCGACACGGAUGUCAAGUAAUACAGAAGGAGAGUUUGUUUUGAGUGGCUUGAGGAAUAACGUUACACUGUCAGUAAUCAAUAAUGUGAUUACCCGUUAGAAAACGCCACAGACAGCGGGGAUUAACAGUAUGUGAAUGCUGUUUUGUGUUGACUGAAGCUUUGACAACGUGUCACACGCUACUGUAGGUCCGGGUGCCGCGUGUGUCAGAGUGAUUGGGAAGCAAACAGGUAUGACCAACAGGUGAACGCGGUUUUAAGGGACUUGACACUGAGUCAAAGAAGGAGUGUGCGCUAACGUCUUGGUAUAACUUUGUCUUAGAUAAUGAGACGCAUCUUAUGAGAGAUCACUGAUAUCAGUUUACAUUAUAGUUAAAGCAUUCCUGCAAUCUGUCAAAUAAAUAGAUUGCUUGUGAGCCUGAUUUUAGAUACAUUUGUAUGUCCAACCUCUUGUCACACCACUGCCAUAACCUAGAUUUGUACUGUAUGACUGGUGAGGUGGAGUGAGUCAAAGAUGGUGUCUAAAUGGGCAUCAAUAAUCUUAUUAGUAACAGUAUUGUUGGCCUUAUAAACAGCACUGCCUCAAUGUGUUGUUUGGAAGCAUUAAAUAAUCAUUGGACCAGACAGAGACUGUGCCUGACGUGUCCCCUAGUGCUGAAUAUGUGAACGUGAGAUCUCAGUGUGUUUGUGUUUAUCAGAGAGUGUUGUGGUGUCUAGGCCUAUAUUAAUGUGAUGAUAGGUUACAGUUGUACUUGACUGAAAGAGCCAGGUUGUAGCUAUGUGGACGGUGUUGUGGUUUCGCCCCGCAACAAUGUCGACCCUAUUGUUCCCAUUGCUGCUAUUGCUGAGCACCUUAUGCAGGCUUGGACAGUCUAUGUCACGAGAGGAGAAGCUCAAGCUGAGGUAAGUGAGAAAGAUGUCUGGUUCUGGGCUAGAUGUGUGACAAGUUCUGACUGCCUCAGAUAAUGGAGGAGAAUGAGCUAAGCUGACUUGUUCUUUCCCCUCAAGGAACCAAGUGGUCGAGAUGUUUGACCAUGCUUAUUCGAAUUAUAUGGUAAGUCUCGUCACCUCACCUGCCCCCUUCAUAUAACUGAGAUCAAAUCAAAGUUUAAUGGUCACAUACACAGUUUAGCAGAUGUUCUAGCAGGUGCAGUGAAAUGCUUAUGUUACUAGCUCCUAACAAUGCAGUAAAAUGCCAAACAAGUACACAAAUAAUAAUAAAUAAAUAUUACAAAAAAUGCAACAAGAAAUUAAGAAAUGUCAGAACUAAUUCAAUUAACAACCCAAAUAGCACUGUAACACAAAUCCAAAUGCUAUCUAUAUGUAUAUACACCGGAUGAAUUUACACAAUAUAUACUAAGAAUGACAUGUACAGCAGUAGAUAUAUUAGAGUGAGCUAUGUCAAGAAUCCAGUAUAUAAAUAAAUAUGCAGGCUGUAUAAACAGUGUAACUAAAAUGCAAUUCUUAUAGAGAAGGGCACUCAACAUGUACUGCACUGACACAAAUGACUGAUGAUUGGUUGAAAGAAAUUGAUAAUAAGAAGAUUGUUGGAGUUGUACUGUUAGAUUUCAGUGCAGCCUUUGAUAUUAUUGACCAUAACCUGUUGUUGAAAAAACGUAUGUGUUAUGGCUUUUCAACCUCUGCCAUAUCGUGGAUUCAGAGCUAUCUAUCUAAUAGAACUCAAAGGGUUUUCUUUAAUGGAAGCUUCUCUAAUGUCAAAUAUGUAAAGUGUGGUGUACCGCAAGGCAGCUCUCUAGGCCCUCUACUCUUUUCUAUUUUUACCAAUGACCAGCCACUGGCAUUAAACAAAGCAUGCUGAUGAUUCAACCAUAUAUGCAUCAGCAACCACAGCUAAUGAAGUCACUGAAACCCUUAACAAAGAGUUGCAGUCUGUUUUGGAAUGGGUGGCCAGGAAUAAACUGGUCCUGAACAUCUCUAAAACUAAGAGCAUUGUAUUUGGUACAAAUCAUUCCCUAAGUUCUAGACCUCAGCUGUAUUUUGUAAUGAAUGGUGUGUCUGUUGAACAAGUUGAGGAGACUAAAUUACUUGGCAUUACCUUAGAUUGUAAACUGUCAUGGUCAAAACAUAUAGAUUCAAUGGUUGUAAAGAUGGGGAGAGGUCUGGCCGUAAUAAAGAGAUGCUCUGCUUUUUUGACACCAUACUCCAAAAAGCAAGUUCUGCAGGCUCUAGUUUUGUUUUAUCUUGAUUAUUGUCCGGUCGAGUGCUGCAAGGAAAGACCUAGUUAAGCUGCAGCUGGCCCAGAACAGAGCGGCACAUCUUGCUCUUCAUUGUAAUCAGAGGGCUGAUAUAAAUACUAAUCAUGCCAGUCUCUCUUGGCUAAGAGUUGAGGAGAGACUGACUGCAUCAAUUCUUCCUUUUAUAAGAAAUAAUGUGUUGCAAAUCCCAAAUUGUUUGCAUAGUCAACUUACACACAGCUCUGACACACACACUUACCCCACCAGGCAUGUCACCAGGGGUCUUUUCACUGUCCCCAAAUUCAGAACAAAUUCAAGAAAGCGUACAGUAUUAUAUAGAGCCAAUGUUGCGUGGAACUCCGUUCCAUCUUAUAUUGCUCAAAUAAACAGCGAACCUGGUUUCAAAAAACGGAUGAAGCAACAUCUCACGGCACAACGCCUCUCCCCUAUUUGACCUAGAGAGUUUGUGUGUAUGUAUUGAUAUGUAGGCUACGUGUGCCUUUAAAAAAAAAAAAAAGUAGUUCUGUCCUUGAGCUGUUGUUCUGUAUUAUGUCAUGUUUCAAGUUUUGUGUGGACCCCAGGAUUGCAGCAGCUAAUGGGGAUCCUAAUAAAAUACAGUAGUAGAAAUAUUAGAAUGAGCUAUGUCGAGAAUACAGUAUUUAAAUAUGCCUUACAAAACACCAUGGAAAAAUUUAUAGAAUUGCAGGAAAUUAGCUUCCGGACCAGAGUCACUCAGCAGGCAUUUUAUUAGGUACACCAAUCUAGUUCCGGGUCGGACCCCCCCCUUUGCCUCCAGAACACCCUGAAUUAUUUGGGGGCAUGAACAUGUUACUCAUUUGGUAUCUAGGGACCUAACGUGUGCCAGGAAACCAUUCCCCACACCAUUACACCACCGCCACCAGCCUGUACUGUUGACACCAGGCAGGAUGGGGCCAUGGACUCAUGCUGCUUAUGCCAAAUCCUGACUCUGCCAUCAGCAUGACGUAACAGCAACCGGGAUUCGUCGAACCAGGCGAUUUUAUGUAUAUUUUGUUCACUCCUCAUUUGUCCAGUGUUGGUGAUCGCGUGCCCACUGGAGCCGCUUCUUCUUGUUUUUAGCUGUUAGGAGUGGAACCCGGUAUGGUCGUCUGCUGCAAUAGCCCAGCCGUGACAAGGACUGACGAGUUGUGCGUUCCAAGAUGCCGUUCUGUACACAAUGGUUGCACUGCACCGUUACUUAUCUGUUUGUGGCCUGCCUGUUAGCUUGCACGAUUCUUGCCAUUCUCCUUCGACCUCUCUCAUCAACAAGCUGUUUUCACCCACAGGACUGCCGCUGACUGGGUGUUUUUUGUUUGUCACACCAUUCUCGGUAAACCAUAGACACUGUUGUACGUGUAAAGCCCAGGAGGCCUGUCGUUUCUGAGAUACUGGAACUGGCGCGCCUGGCACCGACUAUCAUAACACACUCAGUCGCUUAGGUCACUCGUUUUGCCCAUUCUAACAUUCACUCGAACAGUAGGAGCGAACCAUUUUCAUAAAACUAAUAAACUGGCCACAGAGUGUAUACUGUAUGUGAAUGGUGUGUAUGGACAGUGUGUGUAUAGCAGUAGUUAUAUAGGAUGAGCCAUGACUAGAAUACAGUAUAUAAUGUGCAUUCGUAAAGUAUUCAGACCCCUUGACUUUUUCCACAUUUGGUACGUUAUAGCCUUAUUCUAAAAUUGAUUAAAUAAAUAAUUUUCCUCAUCACACACAAUACCCCAUAAUGACAAAGCGAAAACAGGUUUUCAGAAUUUUUGCAAAUGUAUAUAAAAAAAAAAAAAAAAACAUACCUUAUCUACAUAAGUAUUCAGACCCUUUGCUAUGAUACUCGAAAUUGAGCUCAGGUGCAUCCUGUUUCCAUUGAUCAUCCUUGAUGUUUCUACAACUUGAUUGGAGUCCACCUUUGGUAAAUUCAAUUGAUUGGACAUGAUUUGGAAAGGCACUCACCUGUCUAUAUAAGGUCCCACAGAUGACAGUGCAUGUCAGAGCGAAAACCAAGCCACGAGGCUGAAGGAAUUGUCUGUAGAGCUACAACACAGGAUUGUGUCAAGGCACAUAUCUGGGGAAGGGUACCAAAAAAUGUCUGCAGCAUUGAAGGUCCCCAAGAACACAAUGGUCUCCAUCAUUCUUAAAUGGAAGAAGUUUGGAACCACCAAGACUCUUCCUAGAGCUGGCCACCUGGCCAAACUGAGCAAUCGGGGGAGAAGGGCCUUGCUCAAGGAGGUGACCAAGAACCCGAUGGUCACUCUGACAGAGCUCCAGAGUUCCUCUGUGGAGAUGGGAGAACCUUCCAGAAGGACAACCAUCUCUGCAGCACUCCACCAAUCAGGCCUUCAUGGUAGAGGCCAGACGGAAGCCACUCCUCAGUAAAAGGCAUAUGGCAGCCCGCUUGGAGUUUGCCAAAAUGCACCUAAAGGACUCUGACCAUGAGAAACAAGAUUCUCAGGUCUGACAAAACCAAGAUUGAACUCUGUGGCCUGAAUGCCAAGCGUCACAUUUGCAGGAAACCUGGCACCAUCCCUACAGUGAAGCAUGGUGGUGGCAGCAUCAUACUGUGGGGAUGUUUUUCAGCAGCAGGGACUGGGAGACUAGUCAGGAUCGAGGGAAAGAUGAACGGAGCAUAGUACAGAGAGAUCCUUGAUGAAAACCUGCUCCAGAGUGCUCAGGACCUCAGACUGGGGCGAAGGUUCACCUUCCAACAGGACAACGACCCUAAGCACACAGCCAAGAUAACGCAAGAGUGGCUUUGGGACAAGUCUCUGAAUGUCCUUGAGUGGCCCAGCCAGACCCCGGACUUAAACCUUAUCGAACAUCUCUGGAGAGAUCUGAAAGUAGCUGUGCAGCGAUGCUCCCCAUCCAACCUGACAGAGCUUGAGAGGAUGCGAAGAAUGGGAGAAACUCCCCAAAUAGAGGUGUGCCAAGCUUGUAGCGUCAUACCCAAGAAGACUCAAGGCUUCAACAAAGUACUGAGUAAAGCGUCUGAUAUAUAUAUAUAUAUAUAUAUAUAUAUUAUAUAUAUAUUUUUUUAUACAUUUGCAGAAAUGUCUAAACCUGUUUUUGCUUUGUCAUUAAGGGUAUUGUGUGUAGAUUGAGAAACAAAAACAAUGGAAUCCAUUUUAGAACAAGGCUGUAACGUAUUUAUUUUUGGGAAAACGUCAAGGGGUCUGAAUACUUUACGAAUGCACUGUACAUAUAAAGUGGGUAAAACAGUAUGUAAACAUUAAGGUGACCAGUGUUCAAUGACUAUUCAUUUUGUUCAGUGCCUUCAGAAAGUAUUCAACCACCUUGACUUUUUCCACAUUUUGUUGUUUUACAAAGUGGAAUUAAAAUGGAUUGAAUUGUAAUUUUUUGUCAACGAUCUACAAAAAAUACUCUGUCAAACUAGAUUUUUUUUGUAAAAUAUUUUUUCUAUGAAUUAAAAAUAAAUGUAAUAUCUUGAGUCAAUACAUGUUAGAAUCACCUUUGGCAGCGAUUACAGCUGUGAGUCUUUUUGGGUAAGUCUCUAAGAGCUUUGCACACCUGGAUUGUACAAUAUUUGCACAUUUAUUAUGUUUUUAAACUCUUCAAGCUCUGUCAAGUUGGUUGUUGAUCAUUGCUAGACAGCCAUCUGAUCAGCCAUGCUGAUCGAACCCAGGUCUGUUGUGACGCCUCUAGCACUGCGAGGCAGUGCCUUAGACUGCUGCGCCACUCGGGCGGCCCAUUCUGUUUAUUUUUAUCAACAAAAACAAACUCCCUAGUCCUUGCCGAUAACAAGCAUACCCAUAACAUGAUGCAGCCACCACCAUGCUUGCAAAUAUGAUGAGUGGUACUCAAUGAUGUGGUAUGUUGGAUUUGCCCAAAACAUAACACUUUGUAUUCAGGACAUAAAGUUAAUUUCUUUGCCACAUUUUGUUUGUUGCAGUUUUACUUUAGUGCCUUAUUGCAAACAGGAUGUAUGUUUUGGAAUAUUUGUAUUCUUCCUUCUUUUCACUCUGCCAUUUAGGUUAGUAUUGUGGAGUAACUACAAUGUUGAUCCAUCCUCAGUUUUCUCCUAUCACAGCCAUUAAACUCUGUAACUGUUUUAGUCACCAUUGGCCUCAUGGUGAAAUCCCUGAGUGGUUUCCUUCCUCUCCGACAACCAAGUUAGGAAGGACGCCUUUAUCUUUGUAGUGACUGCGUGUAUUGAUACACCAUCCAAAGUGUAAUUAAUAACUUCACCUUUCUCAAAGGGAUAUUCAAUAUCAGCUUUUAACAUUUUUACCCUUCUACCAAUAGGUGCACUUCUUUGCGAGGCAUUAGAAAACCUCCCUGUUCUUUGUGGUUGAAUCUGUGUUUGAAAUUCACUGCUUGACUGAUAAUUGUAUGUGUGGGGUACUUAGAUGAGGUAGUCAUUCAAAAUUCCUGUUAAACACUUAUUGCACACAGAAUGAAAUGUAGUAUGUGACUUGUUAAGCAAAUAUUUAGCUCCUGAAAUUAUUUAGGCUUGCCAUAACAAAGGGGUUGAAUACUUAUUGACUAAUUUCAGCUUUAAUUUUUUUUAAUUAAUUGGUGAAAAUGUCUAAACAUAAUUCGACUUUGACAUUAUGGGAUAUUGUGUGUAUGCCAGUGACACAAUCUCAAUUUAAUCCAUUUUAAAUUCAGGCAGUAACACAACAAAAUGUGGAAAAAGUCAAGGGGGGUAUGAAUACUUUCAGACUUUUUCUGGUAGAUGUUUUCUAAGACCCCUUUUCUAUCUGUUUGACCAGACAUCAAAGCCUUUGCUUAUUCCUAAUUUUUAAGAUGAAAAAUGGUUGCAACAUUUAUAUGUGCCUUAAUAAAUAAAAAUAGACACUUUGCUUUCAUUUGACAUGCUCCUAUGAACUUCACAUGUUUGUGCUCAUGGGUCAUUUUACAUGGAAAUGACCAGCUGUCAAAAAGUGUCCCCAGAGUGCGUGGCAAGUGGUUUACAUUUCUGCUGUAUUUGCCAGGAACAGAUGUGAAUGUGUUGAUUUUGGUGUGGUAGUGUUUGCAAGGAAACUAGUUGAACCUUAUUUAUGCCAACUGUAUGUUAAUAAGUUCUGUCUGACAUGUUCCACAUUUACACACUACCAUUGAUCCUUAUUGGUUGUGUUUUCCAGGACCAUGCGUACCCAGCAGAUGAGCUGAUGCCUCUGACGUGUCGGGGAAGGGUGCGUGGGCUGGAGCCCAGUCGGGGAGACGUGGAUGACGCACUGGGGAUGUAAGUGUCUGCCUGCCUGCAGGCCUGAGUAGGAUGUGGUAACAGGAGAACCAGUCCUGUUGGCACUGGAAUACUCUGAGUCUCUAUGUAGAUAUCUUCUAGCCAUAAGGGACUGUGACAGUGAUUGAUUUAAUUGUCUCUGUGUGUUUUUAAGGUUCUCUCUCACCCUCAUCGACACCCUGGACACUCUAGUGGUGAGUACAAUCUCUUUAGUAUGUGUUGCCGACCAGUAAGCUGCCUUGUUGGUUUUGUUCAGCCUCCGUGUGUAGGGAUGCUUUGGUUUUCAUUGACUUCCUCCUGAAUUUACUUCCAGCUCUUAAACAAGACAACAGAGUUUGAAGCAGCAGUGAGGAGAGUGCUGAAAGAUGUGCGACUUGACAAUGACAUUGUGGUGUCUGUCUUUGAGACCAACAUCCGUGUGCUGGGGUAAGAAAAAACAUAAAAGCCAGUUGUUGAGUGGAUGGACAUCAUGUGUGCGUGUGCAUGCAUGUGUGCGUACGUGUGUUUGUGACCACUGUGACAUUUCUCGUGUUUCCAGGGGGCUGCUAGGGGGCCACUCCAUGGCUGUAAUGCUGAAGGAUGCAGGGCAUUACAUGCAGUGGUACCAGGAUGAGCUGCUCCACAUGGCCAAAGACCUGGGUCUCAGACUCCUGCCUGCCUUCAACACCAGCAGUGGCCUGCCUUACCCCAGGGUGAGCCCUCAGACUAUACAUGCAACCCAUACAUAGAGUCUGAACAUAAGGCCACGGCUGUUGUGUUUUUACCAUAAUAUGUCAUACACACACACACACAAGCAUGUACAUACAUCCAUAAGGUUGAGAGGGCAACUUUUGGCAAGCACAUUAGCUAAAAGGAUGCCGUCAGCUAGUGGGCAAGAAUACAGCAGCCCUCUCAGAUUAUGACUGCAUAAUUGUGUUUUCUGCUUCAGUGCUCUGCUUGCAGCUGCCAUAGUUUUCAGAGGCAGGAUUUUAUAUGGCUGUAUAGUUAACAUGAACAAUGUCUUGGAACACAGCUGUGUAUUUCAGUCCAUGACCGCUAUAUUGAGCCUUAUAAUUCCACUCAACAGGUAAACUUGAAGCAUGGCAUCAGGGGUCCUGAGUCUCGGACAGGCACAGAGACGGACACCUGCACAGCUUGUGCUGGUACCAUUAUCCUGGAGUUCGCUGCCUUGAGUCGCUUCACUGGGGACCCUGUGUUUGAGGUAUAGGACGAUCAUCUAUUUUACUUUUAAAUGCGUGUUCAGAUCAGGGCUGAUGCAUGCCUAGACUGCAGCGGUACUAGACCUUAAAGGGGCAGUCCAGCUUGUUGACUCUCGGAGAUCCCAGUGUGUCUGAAUGAUAUUGAUUCAUGGUCCUCUGUAGCUCAGUUGGUAGAGCAUGGCUCUUGCAACGCCAGGAUAGUGGGUUUUGAUUCCCAGGACAACCCAUACGUUUAAAAAAAGUAUGCAUGCAUGAAUUAGUCGCUUUGCAUAAAAUAUUCUGCUAAAUGUUUUUUUUGUGUUUAAAAAAAAAAAUGUAUUGUAUCAUACACAGGUCCAGGCACGGAGAGCCCUCAACUUCCUGUGGGAGAAGAGACAGAGGAACAGCAACCUGGUGGGAACAACCAUCAACAUCCACUCAGGAGAGUGGGUCCGCAGGGGUGAGAGGGGGAACCAGUCCCAGGCCGUAACUAGUAUCUACUGUAUCAUAAAGGAGGAUUUACAUGGAUUUAUCCGGCGAACGACAGUGUAUUGGGUGUGGUAGAAGUGAAUGGGCAAGGGGGUAGGAGCUGAUGUUCUGUACUUGUAGAAAUAGGCCAUUAGUGUUUCUGAGGUAUGAAAUGGUACACUGUUGUAUUGUUCCAGACAGCGGAGUGGGAGCAGGGAUCGACUCAUAUUAUGAGUACCUGCUGAAGGCCUACAUUCUCCUGGGAGAUGACCUCUUUCUGCAGCGCUUCAACAUUGUGAGUGACGUCUCCAGCCGAGAUCAUGGAAUGCUGUUAUGUCUUUAUUAUGAUGGAAUUCAAUACAUAGAAAGUAUGCUCGAUUCUCAUCCUCAGCUUGUCAUAUUUUCUCAUUAUUUGUGUUUCCAGCACUAUGCGUCUAUAAUGAAGUACAUCAGCCAGCCUCCUCUCCUGCUGGACGUUCACAUCCACAAGCCUCUGCUGCCUGCUCGCACCUGGAUGGACUCCCUCCUGGCAUUCUUCCCUGGGCUGCAGGUGAGACACUCAGCCUGGCGUCACUAACAGACCAGUUGCCUAAGCAGGGGUUUUAGUACAUAAAGAUAGUGCUGAGAUUAUGGAGACAAAUUUAAGACAUUUAUUUUCCUCCUAACCUUGUUAAUGAAUCCCCCAGGUGUUGAAGGGAGAUAUCCGGCCGGCCAUUGAGACCCAUGAGAUGCUGUAUCAAGUCACCAAGAAACACAACUUCCUCCCAGAGGUUAGCUAAUUUUUUUAUGCUCCCUCUCCACCUCUUUCUAUUCUCUCACUCAGGCUGUAGCCUUUAACACCCCCUGUGUUCCCCAGGCAUUCACCACUGAUUUCAGGGUACAUUGGGCUCAGCAUCCACUAAGACCUGAGUUUGCAGAGAGCACCUAUUUCCUGUACAAGGUAAGGACUGUGGAGACAUGCAGUCUAGAAGUUUACAUAGAUACAUGAACAUACAUUUUGAUCUCAGUGGCCUUCCUUAUUGCCUAAUUCAGUAGUACAGUGUCUAACCCUGGUCCCACUGUUCCCCCUCUAGGCCACCAAAGACCCCUACUACCUGGAGGUAGGCCGCACUGUGCUGGACAACUUGAACCGCUUUGCCCGGGUCCCCUGCGGCUUCGCUGCCAUGAAGGAUGUCCGCACCGGGAGCCACGAGGACCGGUGAGAGCCCAGAGCCAGGGGAAUAGCCCAGGGAUGGGGAGGGUCUGACUAAUGGGAGGUAAACAGAGGUGGAUGGUUUUAGUGGCUGAGCAACAGUGUGCCAGGCAGGUAGUUAAAUCGAAAUGGUUUAUGUGGUGUCUGCCCUGCUGCUCCAAAUUUGGCCUGCUUCCUCUCUCCUCUCAGAAUGGACUCCUUCUUCCUGGCAGAGAUGUUCAAGUACCUGUUCCUGCUGUUUGCAGAGGAGGAAGAGCUGCCGUUUAAUGUUGAGGACUACAUCUUCACCACCGAGGCUCACCUUCUGCCCCUGUCCCUGUCCACUGCCCCUCGCGCCCCCUCUCCUCCCGCCAACACCACGGUACAGGCCGCAUCUCUGCCUCAUCUGUCCGCCUCUGUCAAAUCUCUUUGGGUUGGUAUAGUAGGAUCACAUGCUGUGAUCAGUUAGAGUUCUAAUGAUACUACUUCUAAUAAUAUUCAGAUGAGUUAGUCAUGUUUGUUCUCUCCCCCUCUGUCUUAGUCAGAGGAAGAGCUGGAUGACUCCAACUUUGAUUGGACCUGCCCCAACACACGCCUCCUUUUCCCUGACCCCGCCUUCCCUCGGAACCUCCGAGAUCCAAUCAGAAGUGCUGUGGACAAGAGCUGUCCUCGCCCUGCCAUUCACCGGUAAGGGACAUUAUGCCUAACGUGAGGAAUCAUGUUAAAAGUGCUUUUUGUACUAAAAUAUGGCAGAAUAUUGUUCUUGUCACAACCAUACGGAGUGUGAACAUUGAUGCCCUCCACCCCCUUCCACCCUCUCGUCCAGUGAGCCAGGGAUGGGUCGCCCCCCUCUGAGGGCUCAGGACUUUAUGGCCAACAACCCUGAUCACCUGGAGCUGCUGAGGAGGAUGGGAGUCAGCCUUAUACACCUGAAGGACGGCAGAGUGCAGCUGGUCCAACACGCUACACAGGUAAAUAAUCAUGCACAAUACAAGCCGGGAGACAUGUUUUUGGUGUCAUAAGACCACUGCCAACUCCCCAUAUGAGUCUUAUUAAGUCUCUCCCCUACUCUCUCCAUCUACUGCCCUCUCCUUUCAAACUCCAUCUUCGUCCUUCUCUCUCCAUCUCUCUCUAGGCGGUCAGUGCUGUGGCAGCAGAGGACGGGAUGCGCUUCAUGCAGGAGAUGAUGGAGCUGUCCAGCCAGCAGCAGAAGGAGCAGCUCCCUCCACGCGCCGUGCAGAUCGUCUCCCACCCCUUCUUCGGCAGAGUGGUGCUGACCGCUGGCCCAGCACAGUUUGGCACAGACCUUUCCAAGAGCAUCACGGGGGUGAGUUUGUUUCAGUGUGCCAAUUUCCAAUGGAUGGGCGCCUGUCUGCUUGUUUGUUUUUCCUGUCUUGUCCCUAGGCGCCAGACGUUCUCUAUUCUCGGUGUUCUGAGUGACAUUUGAACAUGUCCCCCCCCCCCCCCCCCCCCCCCCCCCCCCUCUCUCUCUCUCUCUCUCUCUCUCUCUCUCUCUCUCUCUCUCUGUGUGUGUAGGUGCGUGGGUUUGUGACAGUGGCUGAGCCCUACAGUGGCUGUGUGGUGUUGAGCAAUGCUGCCUUUGUACAGGGCCGCAUCGCUCUGCUGCAGCGGGGCCAGUGUAUGUUCGCUGAGAAGGCCAGACACAUCAUGAAGGCUGGAGCCAUCGGAGGCAUCGUCAUCGGUGAGGAUGACCAACUGACACAGUAUCUCAAUUUAAUUGAAUGAAUCUACUUCUGACAUUUAUAAAUGUUCAUGACACUUUCAUCAUGUGUAUAUAACCUUUAAUAAACGGACAUAUGACCAUUUAUAGGAUCCUCUUUCACCCUGCUAACUACCCCCUCAUUCUCCCCAACAGAUGACAACGAGGGCAGCAGCAGUGACACGGCUCCCCUCUUCCAGAUGGCCGGCGACGGCCGCAACACGGACGACGUCACCUUGCCCCUGCUCUUCCUGUUCUACAAGGAGGGAAACAUCCUGUUGGAGGCUCUUAAGGAGUACAGGGAGGUGGAGGUGCUGCUAAGCGACAAGGCCAGAGACAGAGGUGAGAUCCACUGGACAGAACAGGAGGGUGCUACUGACUGGAUGAAGACAUGUUCAGAACAUGGGUCCUUAUAAUGGAUUUAAUCUCAUUAGAGACCAGAUUUGAUUCUGCAAAGAUUUCAAAAUGGCCAGUAUUUCAGGGUUCAGUGGUGACUCAAAAUAGUGGGCCUGUGGCCAUUUUACAGUAGCAGCCUUGGUGGAGAUAGGUAAUGGUAAGCAACCAGUGUGAUAUGUGAUACAGGAUACAGCUCCCUUUCCAUUGUUCUUCCUUCUCCUCUCCUUCCCUGUGGUGGACUGUAACAGUGUAACUUUCCUCUGCUCUCUCUUUCUUUUCCCUUCACCCUUUGGAUGAGCAGCCUCCAUAUUCAAAGGUAAACCUCUCCCUGGCAUCCUGCUGGAGAGCAGUAAGUAUCGCCCUCCUCUUUCCUCCCCCCUCCAUUAUUUAUAUGUGGUAGAGCAGCUCAGUGCAGGUUAGUCUUGUGUAAAUAGCUGGCCAUCUCAGAACUCUUCAGGAGCAUGAUACUGUUUGUCUGUGCUGCCCAUGACGCAUCAGUACCAUGCUGUUUAUAGUUUGCUGCCUCAUGUGAACUGCAACACUGCUCUAUUUCUGUCUGGGAGUGACCGGUGUGGGUGCUUGUGUUAGAUGUACGUAGAUAGUGAGUUGGAAACAAUGUAUGACUGUGUUAUGUAGGAUACUAGGAAACUAUAUGGAUGAUUGUGCAGGAUACAGCUUAUUUAUUGUGGUGGAAUGUGAUCUGAAAAUGGACUGAGCUCAUCCCUCUCUCCUUCCUUAGGUGGGGACGUUCAGGAGAAUGACCAAACUUCACCCGCCUCCUCCGCAACACUCGACCGGUCACACGUGAGCACUGUGGAGCUGGAUGAAUCAGCUCCUGAAUUGGCUCCCGACAAUGAGGAAGUGACUCCUGAGGAGGAUGUGGGACCUGCCUUUAAGAGGAACCCUGAGCCAGAGGAGGAGCCUGCAGUUGAAAAGGACUCUAGCAGCAAAUCAGUGGAGGCCAUGAUGGCUGAUUGGCAGGAGGACUUAGAGGCGUUCCAGCAGAUGGAGGAUGAGCUUUGACAGCCUCCACAGUCCCCCCUCCCUCAUCCUCCUCCCCACUCUGAUCUUUCCCAACCACAGUAUUGGCCUGGAGGAUGGCUGACUGUGCCUCUUAAAGGAUAACAUUUUAGUGGGGAGAUGUUUUGAUAAGGAACGGUUACCAGGAUGGAAUACAAUGACUUCCACUCUGUUCUUUCUCUUCACCUGUCACUAGUUUCUCAGGUGUCAACGUGCCAGUUGCUCCCCUGACAUACAUCUGCCCAUCUCAUAUUUCAGAUUCUGGGUGGUCUUCUCAGCCUAUCUCUAUUGGCUCAUAACAGAACAGACUGCAGUCCAGGUAUCUACUGUCACCAUGGACCUCUGCUCUAGUCUCACUAUUUUCUGGUCUUUUUUUCGCGUCUUCCUCCAAAUACAUUUCUGGGUCACUGACAUAUGGGAGCAGAUUCUGAAUGCUGGUUGAAUAAUAAUCCACUGACUGGUUGAUUGAUUGGUUUAUUUAACUGUGAUAUGUUGUUGUAACAUUUUACUAUUUUCUUUUGUGG